AUGGCCAAGUUUUGCUUUAAGUAUGUGGUGAUCCUGUCCCUCUGUGCCUGUUCGAUGGCCCAGUAUCAGUAUCCCCAACAGAGACCAGCACCAGCAACUGAAGGUGCUCAGCCCGCUGGUGGCCCAGUCGAAAAUCGCAUCUUUGGUUUGGAAAAUCUAUUUGGCGGUGGCCGGGGAGGUGGCCUUUUUGGAGGUGGUGGCGGUUUGCUGGGACCCUUGGCCGGACUCCUAGGCGGUAAUCGCCCACAACCACAGCCGUACCCAGUUCCAGUGCCGGCAUACGGUGGCGGAUAUCCGUAUGGUGGUGGCUUUGGUGGUGGCUUCCCAGGAGCUUACCCCAACCCCUAUGGAGGCGGUUUUGGCGGCGGCUUUGGCAGUCCCUAUGGCGGCUACAACGGCUAA